AUGGGAGAGCAGCAGCCCCCACCAGCAGCCCCCCACCGGCUAAAGCACUCACACUGUGUCCCUUUCAGCCUGCUGCGCUGGGGGAAACCGGUCAGCCUGAGCUACAGAUGUCCUUGCCGAUUCUUCGAGAGCCACGUUGCCAGAGCCAACAUCAAGCAUCUCAAAAUCCUCAACACUCCGAACUGUGCCCUUCAGAUCGUGGCGAGGCUGAAGAACAACAAUAGACAAGUGUGCAUUGACCCGAAAUUGAAGUGGAUUCAGGAAUACCUGGAGAAAGCUUUAAACAAGGGGCGCAGAGAAGAAAAAAUGGGGAAAAGAGAAAAGAUAGGAAAAAAGAAGCGACAGAAGAAGAGAAAGGCUGCCCAGAAAAGGAAAAACUAG